AUGCUACGCCUCCUGCUCUGCGUGGUUAUCUGCCUACAAUACGUCACAGCAGUCGAUACUACCGUCGACCUCGGGUACGCCAAGUAUCUUGGUAAAGACAUUGGGAAUGGCAUUUUGCGAUGGGCAGGCAUGCGAUAUGCACGAAGAGUCUCACGCGUGGAUGGGUUACGAUUCACUGCUCCGCAAGACCCCAUCAGUGAAGGAAGAGUCAUGAAUGCAACUGAGUUUGGAGCCUUAUGUAUUGGCUCCACCAGUGACGUCUCGUCUGAAUUCGGCGGCAAAUGGUCAGAAGACUGUCUGUUUAUCAACGUCUUUGCGCCUGCGAAAGCUACCAACGAGAGUCUGCUGCCAGUUUACUUCUUCAUCCAGGGCGGUGGCUUCAACGUCAAUGGCAACGCGAACUACGACGGGGCGGAUCUGAUUGAUGCCGCAGAUGAUAACAUGGUGAUUGUCAAUUUCAACUACCGAGUCGGACCGUAUGGGUUUCUGGCGAGCAAAGAGAUUGCUGCGAAUGAGACUCUCAGUCUGAACAACGGGUUGAGGGAUCAGAGACACGCUAUGAAAUGGGUGCAAAAGUACAUCAAGGAGUUUGGCGGUAACCCAGACCACGUCACUCUUGGAGGAGCCAGUGCCGGUGGAGGCUCAGUCGUCUUACAGCUUACAGCAUACGGCGGCCGCAACGACAGCCUGUUCCAUGCAGCAGCAACAGAGUCCGCUGCAUUCCCGCCUCUUCGCAACGUCACAAACAGUCAAUGGCAGUACGACGCUCUACUUAAGCAGUCCGGCUGUGCAGACCUGGCGUGUCUCACAUCUCUCGACGCUGUCUCCUUCCAGAGUGCAGUCCUGAGUUUGAAGCUGCCCUUCCCUGGUGGAACGAACCCGCCAAUCUACUUCUGGAAUCCGACACUCGACUACGACUUUAUCCGAAACUAUACGUACGACGAGCUCGCAGCCGGCAACUUUGUCAAAGUCCCCACCAUCUUUGGCGACUCGACCAACGAGGGAAUCAACUUUACACCACAGACCAUCACAUCACUGACUUAUGCGAAAGAAUUUGUCGUCGACCAAUUCCCCAGCAUCGAAUGGACCCGAAUCCGUAAUGUAUGGGCUACAGCCGAUGUUUCCUUCAAAGAUAUGUACUGGAGACAAUUUGCAUCCGACAUCUUCGGGCACGUCCGCUAUAUCUGUCCCAACAUCAAAAUCUCCUCCGAGUACGUGCUCCAUAGCACAGCCCCUACCUGGCUGUAUCGCUGGGAUGUCGGUGCGGCUUCGCACGUCGGAGAGCUUAUGCCGAUCUGGCACAAUGCGUCGUCCGCUGCGGGAGUCUUCGUUCAAGCGUAUUGGGCCUCGUUCAUCCGGAGCUAUGAUCCGAAUACCUACACAGCAGAAUUUCUCGCGGCAAAGGGACAAGAGAUAGACAACCCUGACUGGCAGACAGCUGGUACUGGAAUAAGGAUGCGGUUUGAUGACUUGAACCAAGUGACAAUGGAAACCGUCAGUCAGGAUGAACUGGAUAAGUGUGACAUCGUCACCCAGAUGGGUGUUCAGUUGGAACGAUCGGUGGUGUCGUCUGAUUCCUCAUCCCUCACACCGUCUACCUAUAUGGCUGUUGGGGUUGUGAUCUUGGAACUUGUGCAGUGGUUCUAUCCAUGA